AUGAAUCCUUCCAGUCAACAAAAGAAUGAGGAACAUAAGCCGCUAUUGCAAGGCGCAACGUUUAUACACGAUGAUACUGCCAUGUCUGACAAGCACUCGACCACGUACACGCCCGGUCUAGGUGAUGGCUAUCCGUCACAACAGUCGAACUGUCUUGGUAAUGUUUUCUUUUCAUGGGUCACGCCUCUUAUGAAGCUCGGUAAUGAGCGGCCGCUUGAAAGCGAUGAUUUGUUCCAACUGGACCCACCCAAUCGUGCUGCUAACGUGUCUAAGAGAUUCACUAAAGAGUGGGAGCAGCAAAAACGCUUCAGUAAGCCCAGCCUCGUAUGGGCACUUGCCAAGGCCUUUGGUUUCAGGUUUAUGGUAGCUGGUGUACUCAAGCUCAUCCAUGACUCGUUGCAGUUUGUCGGACCCAUGAUCAUCAAGGACAUCAUUGCAUACCUGAGCGAUCCAACGGCACCAUUGAGUGAAGGUCUCAUAUAUACUGGUGUGAUCUUCGUGUCGGGUAUGGUGCAGUCCUUUGCACUGCGUCAAUACUUCUUCUGCUGCUACGAGACGGGUUUGCAGCUUCGAAGCGCCAUUGUGACGGCCGUAUUCGAAAAGUCGAUGGUGCUGUCAACUGCAGCUCGUCAGCAGCGCACGUCGGGGGAGAUCACAAAUCUCAUGUCCAUCGACGCACAGCGGCUCCAGGAUAUGACGCCGUACCUGCAUGCCGUAUGGUACGCGGUGUUCCAGAUCAUCGUGUCGUGUUGUCUGCUGUGGCAGCAGAUCGGCAUAGCGACGUUUGCAGGUGUGGUGGUAAUUCUACUGAUUGUCCCGCUCAUGACGGUCAUUUCGAAGAUUAUGCGCAAGUUACAGCAGCGCCUGAUGGCAGUCAAGGACGAACGCAUCAAGGUGUGUGCGGAAGUGCUAUCAAGCAUUAAGGUUGUGAAGCUUAAAGCGUGGGAGAAGCUGUUCGGUCAGCGUGUGAUGAAGAUUCGCGACGAGGAGUUGGCACGGCUGAGAACAUACGUGAUUGCGCGCAGCGGAUCAGACACGAUAUUUAGCUUCGUACCAUCGCUCGUGACGGUCGUGUCAUUCAGCGCGUACGUGAUGCUGGGAUACACACUGGACGUGGGCACGGCAUUGACGAGCCUGGCGCUGUUUAACAUUCUGCGCUUUCCGCUCUUCAUGCUGCCACAGGUUCUUAACAACGUGGUGGAGGCGAGCGUAAGUUUCGACCGUUUGCACAGCUUUUUCUUGGCGGAGGAGCGCACGAAGGUGGGCAAGGGUGAUUUGACGGAGGUUGGCAUCUUUGUGCAGGAUGCUGAUUUUAAAUGGGACAUAGCUCUGUCAGCUGACAGAGACAAAAGGGAUGGCGACAGCGAGGAGCAUCAGCAAGAUCUGACGAUACCUGCUGCUGAGGGCCCGACACUCCGCAGUGUUAAUUUUGCUGCGAGGAUGAGCGAGUUGCACGCAAUUGUAGGGCACGUCGGCAGUGGUAAAUCGACUCUGCUGGCAGGCAUUCUAGGCGACGCUUGUUGCAGCGCCGGCUCGGUAGCAGUUAGAGGCCGUGUAGCGUACGUUUCACAACAGCCAUUCAUCCAGAACGCAACAGUACGCGACAACAUCACAUUUGGGCUUGAAUUUGAUGCUGAAAAGUAUAAAGAGGCUUUGCGUGUGAGCUCGUUAAAGAAGGAUUUGCGUAUUCUGACCGCGGGUGAUCUCACAGAGAUCGGUGAGAAGGGCAUUAACCUCAGUGGCGGACAGCGCACGCGUGUGGCCAUUGCCCGCGCGGUGUAUCAGGAUGCUGAUAUUUACCUACUGGAUGACAUUUUGUCGGCGGUCGAUAGCCAUGUGGGAGCUGAUAUCUUCAACGAGUGCAUCAAGAAGACCCUGAAGGACAAACUGGUGGUGCUCGUGACGCACUCGCUGAGCUUCGUCAACCAGUGCGAUGACAUCAUCGUAAUUGCCGACGGCAGAAUCGCAGAGCACGGGUCGUACAAUAAGCUAAUGGCAAAGAAAAGCUUGCUAACUCAGAUGGUAUCAAACUACGUAAAGAGCGAGAAGGAGGACAACGAUGAGAAAGCACCAGCAGCUAUACUUCGGGAGGACGAGUUGGUGGAGUUGAGUAAUGAGGAGACUUAUGCGACCCCAAGUCACCGGAAGUCGAGUGGUAGCCGUAUGCAGCGCCGCCUGUCUCGCGCAUCGUCCAGUAAAAGCGAUGACAGCCAGGCUAUUAUAGCAAAUGAUGGCCAGCUGAUGGUCAAAGAGGACCGUUCUGUGGGCAAUGUAUCGUGGUCAGUCUACGGUGUAUGGAUCAGGGCGUUUGGAGGCAUGUGUAUGGCCUUCGUGGUUGUGCUGGGCUUUUUUUCUGCUCAAUGUUUGACAUUGUUGGCAACGUUUUGGAUAUCGUACUGGUCGGAGGAGGCAUCUAAGUACCCGGACUCACAGAUGUACUAUGUGUACGUGUAUAUGCUGAUUAACGUGGCGUAUGCUAUGGUGCUGUUCGCUCGCGUAAUUCUUCUUUACGUGGGCUCUCUUCACGCCAGUCGCUUGCUCUUCAGUAAGCUGCUCACCCAAACAUUGCGUGCCCCGACGUCGUUCUUUGACACAACGCCACUGGGUCGCAUUGUGAAUCGCAUGUCGAAAGACAUAUACACACUGGACGAAUCCAUCCCCGGUACAAUCGUGGGUCUUCUCAGCACUAUUGCGUCUGUCGUGAUCACCCUAGUGACAAUUUCUUACGUUAUGCCAAUGUUCAUGAUCAUUCUGGCACCCGUUCUCGUUGGAUACUUCACUUCGCAGCGGUAUUUCAUCAAGACUUCUCGUGAGCUGCAGCGUCUUGAUUCUAUCAGUCGUUCUCCGCUUUUUGCAUUGUUGUCGGAAACCCUGGACGGUCUCUCAACGAUCCGUGCGUUUGGAGUGGAAAACAGUUUCAUCAUGCACAACUAUCAUCUUUUGGACACAAACCAACGCGCGUAUUUCUUAAACUUUUCAGUUAAUUGCUGGCUCGCACUACGUCUCGAGUUUGUUGGCACGUGCAUUGCUACUGCUGCUACAUUUGCAGCAGUCCUUGCGCACAACUCGAAUCCCACUAAGGACACUGCAUUUGCUGGCAUUGUAGGCGUCUCUCUGACAUAUGCGUUCACUAUAACUCAACCGCUAAACUGGACGGUGCGCAUGAUUAGUCAGUUGCAAACGCAAAUGGUGUCCAUUGAGCGUAUUCAGACGUACAUGGAAAUGCCGACUGAAGCUAUUUUGGAGAGCGCUGCUACUCAGAAACCAGCCUCCGAGUGGCCUACGGCUGGUGCAAUCAGGUUCUACCGUGUUCAUCUACGCUACCGUCCAGGUCUUCCACGCGUUCUUCGUGGUCUAACUUUUAGCGUCAAUGCAAAGGAGAAGAUUGGUAUUGUGGGCCGAACGGGUGCUGGCAAGAGUAGUUUGAUUGUGGGCCUCAUGCGUCUUGUGGAACUGGACGCAGGCUUCAUCACAAUUGACGAUGUGGACAUCAGCAAGAUUGGUCUGCAUGACUUGCGUGCCAACAUCGCUAUCAUCCCACAAGACCCUGUGCUGUUCUCGGGCACCGUACGGUCAAACCUGGACCCGUUUAAUCAGUUUGCUGACGAUCAGAUCUGGACGUCGGUAAAGCGUGCAUUGCUGCAGAAUGCUGUCACUUCGCUUGACGACACCGUGGAUGAGAACGGCUCCAAUUUCAGUGUGGGUGAGCGUCAGCUGCUAUCUAUUGCACGCGCACUUUUGAAGCGGUCGAGAGUGAUCCUGAUGGACGAGGCCACUGCAUCGAUCGAUCCAGAGACGGACCGUCACAUUCAACAAAGCAUUCGUGACGAAUUCCGCGAGUGCACAACGUUGACAAUCGCGCACCGUAUCAACACAAUCUUGGACUCGGACCGCAUCCUUGUGAUGGAAAAGGGCGCAGUGGCCGAAUUCGGGUCGCCAAUCGAACUGCAGCGUAUACCAGACGGCAUUUUCAAGUCUCUCGUUGAUGCCUGGCGCCAGGGCAGCGACAAAUGA